GCGUGAGUCCUUCUUUCCCUUUUCCUUUCAGCUGCCUCAGUACAUCAUUACUCAUCAACCGCUUCUUAUUCAGUCAGAGGAUCCCACCCAGCUGCAACCCUCGAGGGCUUCGAUCACCGUAGGACCCACAAGCUACAAAACCAUUGAGCAUUCAUAACAACCGGGCGUUCACAGCUAUGAUGGAAAGACCUGUUGAAGAAGAGGAUGCAGUGGAAGAAGAAGCCCCCGACUGGCGAAUGCUACUCAAAUAUACAAAAAGUCUAGGGGCUCAAAGUGUAGGAGGAAAUCAAGAGCCUUUCAUCCCCCGACGAGGCGAGAAGGAUUUCGAACCGACCGAAGCACUGGCUCCCACUCAAACCAAAGCCCUCCAAGAAUCGCGCCAAGCUCUCUUUACGGCCUUAUCUGCGGGUAUUCGGGGACACUCCUCACGGGAUCAUGUGAGAUGUGUUUGGACGAGCCCGAGGAGGGAUCAUGGUCGAUCUGAGGACGAGCCAGUCAUCCAACCCUAUGUGGACGGAACAGCCAAGGGAGUCCUAUUCUCUUCAAUCGGGAGGUGGAGCAGGGAGCGAAAGAGGCUGGAAUUGAGCCCAGAGGAGUUGCUGUAUCUGGUCGAAAGAGGGACCGUCGAAUGCUGGACUGCUGAGGAUCGAGCCACUGGACAGGGCGCCAUCCCGAUGUCUGUCCAACGAGCAUGGGCUGAGAUCAUCGGAACUAAUCAACUAUCACUCGAGCGAUAUCAGGUGUAUGCGUAUCUCAAGCGGCUGGGUUAUAUUGUUCUUCGCAAGGAACAUGUCGAUUCGAUCUGGCGCUCCCAAACACGCCAAGCCGCUCUACCCUCCACAUACUCCCCUCGUUCCUUCCUUGCAAACCUUUUCUCGUUCAUCUGCCGGCCGAUACUAAAACUCCAAUCGUGGUUGAAGUUACUUUGGAUGCCUAACUCACAACCCUGGAUUGGAAGAAAAUAUAUCUCGACACUCGCUGUUGCUAAUCGCAGUCUCAUUCAUGAUGGGAUUUGGAAAACUUAUGAAUCCGUCUUCAAUGCACUCAGUCUGACCCCGUCAGGCCCAAAGGUCCGGUUACCAAGCGCUAUAUCCGCUUCGACGACUUGUCCGACAAAAAACAAUGGAGGCUAUGAAGUGUUCUACUACGUCUAUAAACCAAAUAAUCGGUUCCCCAAAUCCAGUCCACCGACUCCCGACUUUCAGAUCUGUGUGAUCGACUCUGAAAAAAUGUGCAUCCCCAAUAUCGCCACGACCAACGCUCUACUCGACACUGUCCAAGGCCCUUCCGCUCCCAAAUACCCUCCAACCAUUGCCAAGCCUGCAGCAGAUCCCAAGCCACCAAUCAGUCGACCGUCCUCUUCUCCACCGCUUCACAAGACGAUCAUCUCUCUUCUCUCGUUCGGUUUCUUUUUUGGAGCUCAAUCGAAAACCGGCAAGAAACCGUUCCGACAAAACGUGUUUGCUAAACUUAAGAGGGGCGAACGGAACGUCUUACUAGCUGUUAAUGAUCAUGGAAUCAUCAGCUUCCUUAAAUUCACGGAAACUCAUUUUGCUGGAACUCCCUUGGUGGGCGCACAGAGUAGUAUUUAAAUCUGGAUCGGAUUUCUUGAGUCCAUCGAUUCUUGUUUUUUUUUUUGUUUCUGUUCAAAAAUGUCGCCCCUUUUUUUGGAAAUAUAUGUAGUAGGGAAAUCCCUUUCAUUGAGCGGAUAAUAAAAGAUCAUUUCGUGUUUAGAAAAUAAGUUACAAGUUA